UUGUGAACCUCCACAGCGAGCGAGGCGACUGUGCGCGUUCCCGCGAUGCUCGCCAUUGAAAACAAAGCUGAGCGUCUUCCAUAACAACCUGGAGGCAUAUCUGAAUUUACUGGACACAUCGCGCUGGAUUAUGGAUCUACAGCGGCUGUAGCGCCUUCGAGGACAGAACCCUUUCGUCUGGGGGCGACAGCAAGACGUUAAAAAUAAAAAAGCCCGACGAAAAUAACAUCACUGCCUUUUUUUCGGGGUGCUUUGUCUUGUCCACCUAACGAUAGCAAACCAUCAUUUCGACUGCCGCGAUCCUUCAGCUAGUGAUUACUAGCUGGCGCCGGGAUGUGUGACCAUGUCGUCACCUAGGAGAGACUGCUAGGUCGUCGCAUUUUGAGAAGAAAGGCAUCGACGAGGUCCCAGCGGGUUGUCACCGGGACCUGAAUCUGUGUGUGCCGCGGAAGAACCCUCUGUUUUCGGCGAUAUGGCGGAGCAGGGCUACUCAUCCUGGGCAUACUCCCUCGUUGACUCCAGCCAGGUGUCCACCUUCCUCAUCUCCAUCCUUCUCAUCGUUUAUGGCAGCUUCAGAUCAUUAAACAUGGAUUGUGAGAACCAGGAGAAGGAUAAAGAUGGUAACCCCUCAACAACGGGUUCUUUCAAUAACAGCAACACAAACAACAGUAUUCAGACCAUAGACUCUACACAGGCCUUGUUCCUGCCCAUAGGAGCCUCUGUGUCUCUGCUAGUCAUGUUCUUCUUCUUUGACUCGGUACAGGUGGUCUUCACCAUUUGCACUGCAGUUCUUGCAACAAUUGCAUUCGCAUUCCUUUUGUUGCCAAUGUGCCAGUAUCUGACCAGACCCUGCUCCCCACAGAACAAGAUUUCCUUUGGCUGUUGUGGGCGUUUUACUCUUGCCGAGCUCCUUUCUUUUUCACUCUCUGUCAUGUUGGUGCUCAUCUGGGUGCUGACUGGACACUGGCUUCUCAUGGACGCGUUAGCCAUGGGCUUGUGCGUUGCUAUGAUAGCCUUCGUAAGGCUUCCCAGUCUGAAGGUGUCUUGCCUGCUGUUGUCAGGAUUGCUCAUUUAUGACGUGUUUUGGGUGUUCUUCUCAGCCUACAUCUUCAAUAGUAAUGUGAUGGUCAAAGUUGCUACCCAGCCUGCUGAAAAUCCAAUAGAUGUUUUGUCCAGGAAGCUUCACUUAGGGCCAGGGAUGGGCCGUGAUGUUCCUCGUCUCUCCUUACCUGGCAAGCUGGUCUUUCCCAGUUCCACUGGCAGCCAUUUCUCAAUGCUGGGAAUAGGAGACAUUGUGAUGCCGGGACUGCUGUUAUGUUUUGUCCUGCGUUACGACAACUACAAGAAACAAGCAACUGGGGAGGUUCCAGGGCCCGGUAACAUGUCAGGGCGCAUGCAACGCGUUUCCUAUUUUCACUGCACUCUCAUCGGAUACUUUGUGGGUCUGCUGACCGCCACUGUGGCCUCCAGGAUCCACCGUGCGGCUCAGCCCGCUCUGCUCUACCUGGUGCCCUUCACCCUGCUGCCUCUGCUCACUAUGGCCUAUCUGAAGGGAGAUUUGCGGCGCAUGUGGUCGGAGCCCUUCCAUGCCAAGACCAGCAGCUCCCGCUUCCUGGAGGUAUGAUGCUCCCUGGGGAUACACAACCAGCACGGGGAGGACUGCGACUCUUUAUCCUCCACUGGAGGGAAGAAGAGAGGGCGCACUCACAGUGAGGCCAUGUCGUCAUCACUCGUUCAUGCUUUCCACCAGUCUUCUGUGAAACCCUCAGAAGGACACCAGUGUGUGGAUCACAACGCCCAACAUGACUCAUCUUUGGUCUUUGUCCACUCAGUCCUGCCUGUUUUUACCUCUGCUCUUCUUUCUUCAUUACAGCCUCCCUCUUUUAUUUUCCACUCUGAUUUUUCUUUCCAUUGAUCAUUCUUCGCACUUCUUCAUUCUGUAUGUUCAUUCAUCUUCAGAAUCAUAUGAACGCGAGAGCCAGACCUCCCCUCUUUUAGACUUGUGGUUACAUGGCUUGCCCCCCCUUCUGUUUUAAGCAUCAUCUUGAUCAUUAUUAUUAUUAUGGAACAAUCUAAGCCAGCAGCACAGAAAAGGUGGCAUGUUGGCGCUUGGGAGCAGUUACACAGUAAGGGAGGUGAGUCUGGUUUUUGAAUUUGUCCCUCAUCUGAAGCCACAGUGGCUCCUCUUCUGAUGCUCGCUGUGAGUCCCACCUCCUCCUGCUCCUCCUCACUGUUCAACUGCUGUCCCCAUUCCCCAGUCUCACAGACAAACAAUAUGUAUUUUAUUUACAAAGUUUUAUUCUUGGCAUACACAGAAAUGAUGCAUUAUCAAUUGUCGAGCUGCCCCCUAGUGUUGAUGGGGCGCUUCUAUUUGUAUAUACGUGUACACAUGUAUUUGGUAUCUUCUGUUUGGGAGCAUGUCAGACAGGGUGGGAAACUUAGUGCCAGCCACUAGCCAAAUUUUUAAUAAAUUUGUGCUGUUCAUAAACAGGGUUGUUGUUGUUUUUUAAGCUAAUUGGUUGGUGUGAUACUAACAUAGUUGAUGGGUUAAAAAAAAUAAAAACAUUUGUGGCUGGUUGGUAGUUUCCUGCUCUAGUGUUUGUGAGCGCGAAAUGUGAAUGAGUGGAUGUUAUACUUUGUUUUUAUUAUUAUUAUUAUUGUUUGAAAUGUUGAACAUGUGACAAUAGUCAGGUUUCCAUUGGCCUGGGCGUUUUGGAUAAAAACGUCGUAAGCACAUGACAUAUCUAAUGGAAAUGGUUUGUGUGUAAUCUUGUACAAACUUACAGAAAACUAUUUUCAACAGGGGUCAAUUGUCUCUUCUCCCUUUUAUCAAGACAGUUGGAAACGUGAACAGCGUUUUGGUUUUUCAAAAGUAACUGAAUGUCGAGUUAAUUUUUAUGCUUUGUUGCUUUCAUCGUGAACCCUCAUUAAAAGUGGUGGUUUGGGGGGGUGAUUAUGAGCUGUAUGUUCAAAUGUCACUCAUCUUGCUUGGUUUUGUAGAGAAUUUAUGUUGCACACAUUUGCCAUGCUAAAUAUACAGUUAUUUAUGCCGAGGGAAACACUAAAAGCUUCUUAUUUUCAGCUUCCACAAGUUGAUGAGUAAAAUGUCAGAGCUUUAUGAUAGUCGAUUCACUUUGUAUAUUUGACACGAGACAAAUCAAUGGAAAUGGCACAUCUUUCCUUCAUCUGAACUUUGUAAAUGUCAGUGUUCCACCUCAGUUGAUGAAGGCCUGACUAUUGUGAGAUUCUGAGCUGAAAUCGCAGAGAUGGUGAGGGGGCAGUGUGUUAUGUAGACGUACUAUGUUUACUUUCGUACAUACUUGUCGAAAAGAUAAGACGCAUAUAACACUGUCUGGAUGUACCGAUGAGCGUUCGUAUGCCUGAACAAAUAACCUGCAGAAAGUCUGUUUGGACCUGUAAGUAGGAGAGCAAAUCUGUGAGGCCCUCGAGAAAUUAAAAAUGGAUUGUAAAUCAGUGGACCCUUA